ACACAAAUGUUGGAAGCAUCAUUCUCAUGCAUAGGCUAUUGUCCUCUGCAUGCCCUGCUGCUACCUGAGGAGGAGAGUAAAAACAUAAGAAAAUAUGUUGUAAAAACCGCUUUAUGGCCAUAAACUGAAGAUAAAUGAAAAACCGAAAAUACGGCCCAAACUGAACUUGGCCUCUUGCACCGUCUUCUCCGCCGCGUAAAGUAGUCCCUUUGCGCUGGUGGUGGCAUCAAACCUACACUCUAUUGAUGUUUUGCACAAACACUCCAGGUAAGGUCACGUGAUCCUCGGAGUCGUCGAGCCCCAAGAAGCCUCGUGCAAGUCACCUUUCAGUUGGUCCUCCACUCCUAGAAAAUGAUCCACCUCUAACGCCCUCAUGAGAAUCACUCAGAGGUUCCGAGUAUUGCUCCUCCUGUCCACUUUACUCCUCGUCUUCCUCUACUCCAACAGUCGAAAGGAGGUGAACUCCAGCAUGAAAGAGCCUCCGAAGAGUGCCGGCGUGCGCCAAAUGGAGGUCCAAACUCCAGUCCAAACCCCGGUCCAAACUCCGAUCCAAACUCCGAUCCAAACCCCGGUCCACACCUCGGUCCAAAUCCCGGUCCAAGCCAAAGUCCCAACCCUGCCAAGUGUCAACAUAUCUUCCACGUUCCGGACUUUGAUCCCGGAAAAUGGAGCAUAUUGGAAUCGACUUCUGCACUCCAGUCUGAAACGUGCAGACCAGGGCGAGAACCCAUUGAGUCGAGUUCCGCCUUGGCCUUACUGCCGGAACACCAAUCAAGAGCUGAUUGAGACCAACGUGCAGGAUGUAGACUCCUAUCCAUUCCUGCUGCGAAACUUCCUGUGGGGGAUGAAGUGCCGCUCGCCUCCGUUCCUCAUGGACCAGCCCAACAAGUGCAAGGAGAACGCCACAUUCCUGUUAUUUGCCAUCAAAUCCAUGCCGGCCCACUUUGAACGGCGACAGGCAGUGCGUGACACCUGGGGACAGGAGCGCCUCUAUAACGGGGGACUACGUGUGAGGACAGCGUUCCUGCUGGGCACCGCCUCACCGGACGACCCAGAUCUCAGUGUGCUGGUCAGGUUUGAAGCAGAGAACUACGGCGACAUCCUGCAGGCCGACUUCCACGAUUCUCUCCUCAACCUGACCCUCAAGAUGAACGCUUUUUUCCGUUGGACCCUGGAAAGAUGUCCGAGGGUCUCCUUUGUCUUCAGCGGUGAUGACGACGUCAUGGUCAACACCCCGGCCCUGCUGAGCUACCUCAGCUCUCUCGACUCUUCCAAGGCCUCUCGAUUGUACGCCGGAGACGUGAUAAAGAUGGCGAGUCCCCAACGGGACCCCAAGAACAAAUACUUCAUUCCCAUGAGCUUCUAUGAGGGGCCCUACCCGGCCUACGUGGGUGGUGGCGGCUUUGUAAUCUCCGGGGGCUUGCUGCGACCGCUUUAUUCCACCUGCGGAGUCAUUCCCUAUUUCCCCAUCGAUGAUGUCUACGUUGGCAUGUGCUUCAGUGCCCUGGGCGUCUUGCCCGAGGCCCACGCUGGCUUUUACACCUUCGACAUCCGAGACAGAGACCGUGGGAACCUGUGUGCCUACAAGAAGUUGAUUCUUGUCCACCGUCGGUCCCCCCGGCAGGUAAAGAAGAUCUGGCAGGGCAUCCACAGUCCGCUACUGACUUGUUGAGGGAAAAUCUGUAUGCGGGGGUGGGGGGGGGGGUUGAAGACUGACAAAGUGGCUUCAGAUCACAUUUCCACCAACAGAACGAAUGUAGGAUCAUACCUUGUUAAACACAGUGACACAAUUAAAAAAAUAAUUCAAGUAAUAAUAUAAUGGA